AAAACAAUCAUCAUUGAGGUGGUAGCAAACGGUUCCGAGCCAAACGGUUCAGUCAGUGUCGUACAGCGGUUUGGAGCAGUGUUACUGUGGCAAAAUGAUGCUCCUCGUGGCUAUUGUGGUGGUGUACUUGAGCUACGUACUGUUCAAGUAUCACCAAAAGCGACAACAAUUGCUAGAAAUAUCGAAAUAUUUCAAGGGUCCCCGAGCGGACUACUUCCUGGGAUGUUUCUAUCUGUUCCGAAACAAGUCCGUUGCAGAAAUAUUUGACUUGCUCAAUGACCUGCACCGAAAGUAUGGCCACGAUGUUACUAUGAUCGGAGCGUUCAACGAUCUUGUGCUAGACAUCUCCAGCACCCAGAACGUGGAGAAAGUGCUGCUCGCCAAGACGACGAAAAAGUCCUUCCCGUACGAAUUCCUCGAGCCAUGGCUCGGUACCGGUCUGCUGCUAUCGUUCGGCGAGAAGUGGUUCCAGCGGCGAAGAAUCAUCACACCAGCGUUCCACUUCAAAAUACUCGAUCAAUUCAUGGACGUGUUCAAUCACGAGGCGGACGUGCUGGUAUCGAAGCUCGAGAAGCGCGUCAACCAGGGCGAGUUUGAUAUCUACGAUUAUAUCACGCUCUAUGCGCUUGAUAGUAUUUGUGCGACCUCCAUGGGAGUGCAGAUCAAUGCGCAAGAGGACCCAAACAAUGAGUACGCACGGGGCGUAAAGCAAAUGUCAGAGUUUAUCUUCCGCCGUGUGUUUAGCGUACUGCGCCAGUUCCCGGCCCUGUUCUUCCUGUAUCCAUUCGCGCGGGAGCAAGGGCGUGUGAUUAAGAAGCUGCACGAUUUUACCAACUCGGUGAUAAACACGAGAAGAAGUCAGCUGCAGGCAGAACAGGCCGUCGGUAAGGUCGAGUUUAAUGCGGAUGAGGAUGAGCUUUAUUCGAAGCGUAGGGACACGUUCCUCGAUCAGCUGCUGAAGGUAACGAUCGAUGGAAAGCCCCUCAGCACGGCCGAUAUUCGUGAGGAGGUGGACACGUUCAUGUUCGAAGGCCACGACACAACGACUUCGGGCAUUUCGUUCACCAUUCUGCAGCUUGCCAAGCAUCAAGAAAUUCAGCAGAAGCUGUACGAAGAGAUCGAUGGAAUGUUGGGAGCGGAAGCUAAGAGCACUGUACUGACCAGUGCCUUGCUGCAGGACAUGAAGUACUUGGAUCUGGUGGUGAAGGAGUCACUCCGGCUUGUACCACCCGUUCCGUUUAUCGGGCGUAAACUUCUCGAGGACAUGGAAAUGAAUGGCACUACAAUUCCAGCAGGCACCACGAUCUCGCUCAACAUCUUUAAUGUCCAUCGCAACCCGAAGGUGUUCCCCGAGCCGGAAAAGUUUAUCCCCGAGCGGUUCUCGGACGCGAACGAAAUUAAGCGCGGUCCGUACGACUAUAUCCCGUUCAGUGCCGGGUUUAGGAACUGUAUUGGACAGAAGUACGCGCUGCUGGAGAUGAAGGUAACGCUCGUGAAGCUGCUGGCUAGUUAUCGGAUCCUGCCCGGCGAGUCCAUCGAUCAAGUGCGCUACAAGACCGAUCUAGUGCUUCGACCGACUGGUGGAAUUCCGGUGAAGCUUGUGAAGAGAAGUUAAGGUGUGGUGUAUUUAUUAAAGUUCUAGUUAAGGUGGGUCGUAUCUAGUCUGGAUUUUGUCUAAAAACUGUUGUAUAUCUUAAUUCCUUUAAUAAAGCAAUGCCAGCUUGAUAAAUGUA